AAAUAGUCUGUCCCAACCCCAACACAGAAGAGAAGAGUCGACCGUUGGAGGUCAUCUUUGCUGGGUGUACUGUAUCUGUAUGAACCUUAAAGAAAACAACAAAAAUAGAAGCUAAUUGAAAACCAAAGCAAAACCACAAACGCUCUGUAUUCAUUUCGACAGGUUACUUCACAAAAACAAGGACUAGAUGAUGAGACGCCAUGGCUGGCAACGUCCUCUGCACCCUCUACAGAUGGUGGGAAUGGCAAUUUACAGUUUUCUGGUUGUUUUCUUCUAUACUUUCCUGGGGCUUUUCCUUGGAAACAGAAUUGCGGAAAUCACAAUCACCACGCUGUUUUCCUUUGUGGCACUUUCUGUAAUGUUUCUAUUUGUAAGGUGCACCGCCAUUGACCCAACCGACAAAACCAGCUUUAGGAAGAAGAAAAGAGCCAAAUCUAAGAGUGGAAUUACAAAGCUGAAUUAUGGGUUUAUAAUUGGUCAGAUAGUUGUGAGGUUUUUAAGGAGGGUAGAAAGGAAGAUCCUUAAGACUUUUAUCAGGAGGAAGUAUCUGGAUCCAUGGAAAACAAGUGCUCAAAUGGAGCCCUUGCUUCCAUUUCCCCUUGUCAUGAAGGAUGAUGCUGUUGCACCUGAUACAAGAGAGGAUGACAUCUCAUUUUGCUCGCUAUGUGAUUUUGAGGUAAAAAAGCACAGUAAGCAUUGUAGGACCUGCAACCGGUGUGUUGAAGGGUUUGAUCACCAUUGCAGGUGGUUAAACAACUGUGUUGGGAAAAGAAAUUACACAACAUUCAUUAUGCUGAUGACUUUCGUCUUGUUAAUGCUAAUCAUAGAAGGAGGUACUGCCAUUGCUAUAUUCAUUAGGUGCUUUGCAGACAAAGGAGGAGUUGAGAGGGAGCUGGUGAGCAGGCUCUAUAUUCAGCUCCCAAGAGGGGUUCUUGCCACAAUAUCGGUACUCCUGUUUCUAAUGACAGCUUAUGGUACAGCAGCACUAGGACAACUUUUCUUCUUUCAUGUGGUUCUCAUAAGGAAGGGAAUGAGAACUUAUGACUACAUCUUGGCAAUGAGAGAGGAGAACCAAUCUAUGGAACUAGAUCCAAUUAAUGAAUCUGAUUUUUCUUCUGAUGAAAGCACUGAUUUUGAUGAUUCACCUGAAAAACCAUCAUUUGUGUCACGGUUUAUAUGCAGAGGAUACAGGAGAAAUCAGAAUCCACCAAGGUUGUCUAUAAGGAUUGAUAGAGAUCCUGAGCUGUCUAACUUGCCCAAGAGACAAGGCUUCCAUGUAAAGAUUGACCCAUGGAAACUAGUAAAUUUGAGCAGAGAGAAAGCUUUAAUAGCAGUUGAGAAGGCCAGAGAAAAGCUCAUGAAACAGAAGUCAGAGGUGGAUAUUGAUUCGUUAAAGCCACUACCACUGGAGACUAAACGCGGACCACUGGUGAACAUGGAUAGAAGUAUCUCUAAUCCAGGAACAAGCUCAACACCUCUCAUAUCAAAAGUAAGGCAUCCCGGCUCACCCGGAACUUUUUCAAGUCCACGAAGGCGUUUUUCUGGAUCUCCAACCAUGUUCUCUGGAAUUGUGGCGUCGCCAAAGCACAAGUACAGAAACAGUUUUGACUUGAAGUUAACAGAGGUGUCCAAAGAACUUGAAACUUACAUUUCAAGGCAGGUUUUAUGUUCCGUAAUUAAGAAGGAUGGGAGUGAGGCAUCCCCAAGAUAGGCAUUGUAUUUAAAAAAAUUGGAUUCUCAGCCUUUGAGAAAAAAAAUGUUUGUUGAUUGUGUAUUCUUGAUGGGCAUCUUACUUGUGAAAUUCAUAUUAGUACAUUAUGUUA